CUUUUUCUUUCUGGAUAUCUUUGUGACCACAUUUUUCUUUGUUAACAGGCAUAUAACCAGCGUCUAAAUCAAUCGUGCGAAUGCGGCAUAGAAGGUAAGAAUCGUCGUAUAGUCGGUGGUUCGACGGUCCAACCCCACCAGUAUCCUUGGUUGGUAGCUUUGAUGUUGGGACCGAAGCUUCACUGCGGAGGAGCUAUCAUCACCGACAUACAUGUGCUGAGCGCUGGACAUUGUAUUACAUUUGGAGUACAUUACCGUGACCUUAACGUGUUUGUGGGUAUGCACGAUCGCUUGGACAACAACCGUGAUGAGUUACGUAUCAAAAAGGCUAUCAAACAUCCUAGUUUUACUUCGAAUGCAGUUAGAGACAUCAAUGACGUGGCGAUACUAACGCUUUACAAACGUCUAACGUUUUCAGAAAAAGUUCGUCCCAUAUGUUUGGCUACGGAAGAAAUGGAUUUCAAAAAUACACCUAUGACUGUGGCUGGGUGGGGAAAGACGAGACAGGGAGCUCUGGCAUCCUCCAGAUAUUUGCUUGAGGCUAAAGUACAUUACGUAGAGUAUGAAAAUUGUAGAAAAUCCUCCAUUUACAAAAACAAUCUCGUCAGUGACACCAUGAUGUGUGCUUACACUAAAGGGAAAGACGCGUGUCAGGGAGAUAGCGGGGGACCUUUGUUUGUAACUGAUCAAAAGCGUAAAAACAAGAAAUGGUACCAAGUUGGAAUCGUAUCUUGGGGCAUCGAUUGUGCAAAACCGGAUUAUCCAGAAUGUGGUAAGGCUUCGGGUUCCAUAGUAGAAAUGAGGAUUGUCGGCGGCCGAAGAGCGGUUCCACACUCCUUUCCGUGGACAGUGGCGAUCCUGAAGCAAAAGUUGCUGCACUGCGGUGGCGCUCUCAUCACAAAUGAGCAUGUACUCAGCGCGGGCCAUUGCUUCAAAUGGGAUGAACCCAAAAUUAUGAGGGUUUUGUUAGGACUGGAUCAUUUGGACAAUAUGACCGGAGUAGAAAUUCGCACGAUAUCGAACGUGAAGAUUCACGAACACUUUACUUCGACAGCUCUACGAGAUGAGCACGAUAUCGCCAUAGUAACAUUGAAUAAACCAGUUUUUUUCGGAGAUAACAUUAUACCGAUAUGCUUGCCGAGCCCAGGUGCAGAUUUUGCGAAUAGAAUGGGUACAAUAGUGGGCUGGGGUCGGGUGGGUGUGGACAAGUCAUCCUCGAGAACCCUUUUAAAGGCCUCACUACGGAUACUUUCACAAGAACAAUGCAUGAAAUCGGAAUUGAAACAACAUCUCAAACCAACGAUGAUGUGCGCUUUCAGUAAAGGAAUAGACGGUUGCCAGGGAGACAGUGGCGGUCCGCUAGUAGUGUUAGAGCCCACAGAACGAUACGUGCAAGCGGGAAUAGUUUCUUGGGGCAUAGGAUGCGCUGAUCCAAGAUAUCCAGGUGUGUACACAAAAGUAAGCGAUUAUGUGGAUUGGAUUAAAGAACACUCUGAUGGAGCAUGGACAUGUGAUUAAUUAAAAAGAUUAAAUUACAUGAAAAUGA